UAUGGGCUUUGUGGUGCAUUUGCGGCGAACUGUCCUCCAUGUGGAGUGUUUGUCAUACCCCAUCGUUGUCAAUAAAGUUUCCGAUUCCAAUAGCAAAAUAAGGAAGUGUCAUGGCGGCCGCCACGGUGGAAAGCGGGAGCUGGUUUUUUGUGUUAGCCCUGGGUGUUUCCUUUCUCAAAGCGCUGUUUAUCAACGCCUACCAUUCCACAGAUUUUGAGGUGCACAGGAAUUGGUUGGCCAUUACACACAGUCUGCCGGUGUCCAGGUGGUACUAUGAGAACACUUCAGAGUGGACCUUGGACUAUCCGCCCCUGUUCGCCUGGUUCGAGUUCAGUCUUUCCAACAUAGCUCAGUAUUUUGAUAAGAACAUGUUGGUGGUGGAGAACCUCAACUACGCUAGUCCGGCCACCAUCCUUUUCCAGAGACUUUCUGUCAUCUUCACUGAUGUGCUUUUUAUCUAUGCUGCAAGAGAGUGCUGCAGGUGUGUUCGGGAUCAAAAAGGCAAUCGAGAUAUUCUCAGUCGUCCGUCAUUUGUCCUUGCUGUGCUGCUGCUCUGGAACUUUGGUCUUCUCAUUGUUGAUCAUAUUCAUUUUCAGUAUAAUGGCUUCCUGUUUGGUUUCCUGCUGCUGUCAGUAGCCAAACACAUGCAGUCCCGGCACCUGCAGGGAGCGCUGCUGUUCGCCAUCCUCCUCAAUUUAAAACACAUCUACCUGUACGUGGCCCCUGCGUACGGUGUCUUUCUGCUGAGGAGUUACUGUUUCACUCAGGAUAACAGCGACGGCUCUAUCAGAUGGAGGAGCUUCAGUUUGUGCCGUUUGCUUGCUCUUGGCAGCAUUGUCGUCACUGUCUGUGCACUUUCCUUUGGCCCCUUUGUUGCCAUGGGUCAGGUUCCUCAGGUACUGUCUCGUCUCUUCCCCUUUAAGCGAGGCCUUUGUCACGCCUAUUGGGCGCCAAAUGUCUGGGCCCUCUACAACAUCCUCGAUAAAAGCUUGACUACGCUUGGUAUUGGUCUGAAGCUUCUCGAUGAGACAAAGCUCCCUCGUGCCUCCAUGACAGGCGGUUUGGUUCAAGAGUUCCAACACUCUGUCCUGCCCUCUGUCUCCCCAUCCAUCACCCUCGUUUGCACUCUCUUGUCCAUCCUGCCCGCGGUGGCAUCCAUCUGGCUGCGUCCACGCGGUGCUCGUGGUUUCCUGCGCUGCCUGCUGCUCUGCGCUCUCGGCUCCUUCAUGUUCGGCUGGCACGUCCAUGAGAAAGCCAUCCUCAUCGCCAUCCUGCCUCUCAGUCUGCUGGCGGUCGAGAGCAGAGAGGACGCUGGCAUCUUCUUGGUUCUGACCACAACCGGACACUACUCGCUGUUCCCGCUGCUCUUCACCCCAGCAGAGUUGCCCAUCAAAUUUGCACUGAUGUUGACGUUCACCAUCUUCUCUUUCGCUGCUCUGGGGAGAAUACAUAGGUUGGGAAGUCUUUUUUUUUUUUUCCCCGUGUAUUUAGAAUCAAUAACACCCUGGUUUUUAUUGUUUUACAGGACUCACUUUGGACAGGGGUCUCUAUUGCGCCCCUUUGAGGUCGUCUACCUCUCUGGCCUGGUUGCCGUGGCGGUUACCUGCGAGCUCAUCUUCCCCCUGUCGCCCUGGCAACAGAAACUACCCUUCCUCCCCCUGCUCGUGACGUCGGUCUACACCUCUCUGGGCGUGUGCUACUCUUUCCUGCGUCUCUAUGCCAGUCUCCUGCGACCCCGGCAACAGGGCCACAAAUCCAAACAGCUCUGACCCAGGUUCAAUUCCCGCACUGAGCCAGAUGUGAACUGUGGACUCAAUCAGGUAAAAAGCAGAAACACAAGAACUGAUUGACCUCGGGGAGCCAUGUGGUGUCUGUUUCCAAGUCCAGUUGUUGCAAUGAUUAUGAAUUUGCCUUGAGAAUAAUAACCUGACCAAAACUGACACACAAGAUGGACAUAAAAUAUGUUUUUAAAAAAUAAUCUUUUCAUGAAUAAAAAGCACACAUUUUAAAGAAUUG